GAUGUGAACACGAGUUCGGGUUCAGUGAGGGGUCAGACACUCCAUGUCUUGAAUCGCUCUAUACAUCAAUUCUUGAAUAUACCCUACGCUGAGCCCCCUUUAGGCCCACUCAGGUUCGCACCUCCUUUACCACUUAAGGAGCCCAGAAAGGUUAUUAUUGAUGGCACAAAACCCGGCAAUUAUUGCAUUCAAAACAUAAUAAAGUUUAUUGAUGAAGGAUAUGAACCCACCUCUAGUGAAGACUGUCUGGUAUUAAGUAUAUGGACACCAAAUGUGGACAAUAGUAAUGAUAAUCACCAGAAAGUGGGUCUAAAACCAGUCAUGUUCUCCAUAUAUGGCGGAGCUCUGAGUAUUGGAUCAAUAUUUCAAACCGUUUACAACUCUUCAGUGUUGGCCACUAAUGAUGUGGUUGUGGUUGCGGUUAACUAUAGGGUCGGGCCGUUGGGCUUCCUCUACGGCGGCGAUGAGACAGCGCCCGGAAAUGCGGGCUUUUAUGACCAGUUAUUAGGACUCAAAUGGGUUAGAGAAAAUAUACAUCUAUUUGGCGGAGAUAAAAAUCAGAUCACAUUAUUUGGUGCGAGUGCUGGCAGUUGGUCCGUAUCGGCACAUGUAUUGUCUCCGCUAUCGAAAGGUCUGUUUAAGAGGGCUAUUAUGCAGAGCGGGUCCGUUAUGUAUAACAAAGAUCGUCCGGCGCUCAGCACUGUUGAGGGCCUUCAAAGGGCCAAACAAUUGGCCCGACAUGUAGAACUAAUGGCCGGUGCGACCAAAGAUGAGGGCCUAAUACUGACACUUAUGUUAUACCCAGAAAUGCAAACCGAAAUGACUGAACAAAAGUUGCGGGAAAUUGUGAUCAAAUUAAGUAAUGAAUUUCAUAACAUAGAUGUGGACAAAGUGUGCGAUUAUUAUCUCAAAGGUGUUGACAAAACUAAUUCAUCGCAACUGAAGGCAGCGUUAAAUGCAUUAUAUGGCGAUUUAGUGAUGACUUGUCCCACAUAUCUGUUUGCCAAGAGAUUUGCUACAAAUGGACACAAUGUUUAUUUUUAUCAUUUUAAUUUUCAAAGUCAAUUCUAUGGCAAUAUAUUUGGCGAUACCGGAGACGCCGUAUGUCACGGCGCGGACUUAGCUUUUGUUUACGGCUUUCCAUUGAGACAUCCAAAACUGUUUAGCGAAACUGAAUAUGACUUUAGUAUUGAUGUAAUGAAAAUAUGGACUGAUUUUGCUAAAAAUGGUAAAGCACAUGACGUUUGGCCACAACUUUGGGACAAAUCUGUGAUUCGAGUGAAAGACUUGAAUCCCAACGAUAUGUCACUUAUUCUCAACAAUCCAUACGAGAGUACAUGUGAUGGCAUUUGGAGCCAAUAUUUUUGAUCAAUAAAAUAAGUUAAUUAAAUUGACAAUC